GAACAUGUUCAUACAAAUAUUUGGGCCAUCCAAAAGAUAAAUGGAGAAAAGCAAAAUAUAUCUUCCUGCAGAAUGCUAGCCCAUUUGUGUGAAGCUUUCCUAAAGUUUCCCUCAUCCCACAAAAAUUGUUUGUUCUCAUCUUACUCAACAAAUCUUAAGCUGGUGGUACUGCCAACAAUUAGGGAAACUGGAGGGGGAAAAAUGCACACAGAUGUGGAAGUGGAUUAUACGGCUGAAAUCCUUCCUGUGACCUGUGGGGAGAUGGUGGGCAUGUUAAUUAAGAGAAAAUUGAAACGAGGAGCCACGGUGAAGUGUAUAAGGAGAGAGGAUGGAAAUUGGUACACCCCCAGGGAAUUUGAAGUUGAAGGAGGCUAUGAAAAAUCAAGUAACUGGAAGAACAGUGUGUACUGCGGUGGGACAGCCCUAAAAAACCUGAAAGAGUAUCUACCUGAACUUCCAGGAAAAGGUGGCGUGAAGAAAAAGCUGAAAAACGCAGCGAAAUGCAAGAUCUGUGAGGAUGAAGGAAAGCUCUUCAACUGCAGUCGUUGUUUCAGCUUCUUUCAUGAGGACUGUCACAUCCCACCUGUGGAUACUAAGAGGAUCCGUGAGUGGAGAUGUACCUUCUGCACAAUAAAAGUAUCUUCAAGAAGUCAGCAGUGUUGCAGUGAAUCUGAAGUCCUGGAGAGACAAAUGGGGCCAGAAGAGAAGUUGAAAUGUGAAUGCCUACUCCUAAACGUCUAUUACCAUUUAGAGAGCAUCAUUUUUCCGAAUAUUCCACAUGAACAUUAUGUUCAAAAGGCUUCUCAAUGCCUAAAGACACUUAAGGGCUUGGAUGAAAUCAAGAAGAGUUUAACUGAGGGACAUUACCUCCAAGUGGAGGAGUUUGUGCUUAAAAUAAACAACAUCUUUCAGGAUCAUAAGCACAAUGAUUCUGACCUAACAGAAGAGGAAUUUAAGAAGAAUUUCAAAGACGUCUUUGCUAUUCAGUAAACAAAUCAGAACAGUUCACUAGUGUAGUGGAUGCUGUUGAUACCCUGGAAAAUCUCACUUUCAGGCAGAUUUCUCAUCCCUGCUGUUAUGUGUAUUGAUUGCUUAUGCCAUCUCUCCCCAGUGUAUUUCUUUGGGCCAAAUGGAGGCAUAUUCACCUGAAAGUUAAAUCUCUUUGUCCUGGGGGCUGGUUCCCAGCACCAAAGAUGAACCAACCAUGUGGAGUGAUUCAUGUUCCUGUGCUCCUCAGGGAAUCAGCCUAGAGCUAGUCUCCAGCUAUGACCACAUCUUUGCUUAGCAUUUCCCAGCACAGUGUCCUGCUUCCCUUAUUCUUCCUCCUCCCAAGAAAAUUCUCACAAUAAAUCACUGACUAAAGAGA